CGGCGUCAUUGUUGCCGGGUAUCUAAUACCCGACGCAUUUUAAAACGGUCAUAACUUUAAAACAAAAUGCGCGCGUAAAUUGUCCGUUACAGUAGCUGCGGUCGUUGACCUCUUUUCGCGUAUUCACUUGUGUAUUUAGUGUUGCUGCGGCGACGACGGAGUUUACACGUGUAUAAAGAGCGCGCGGUUUUAUGAACCAUGUCUUAUGAAAAGGAACAAAGUCGAAUCCUAGCCUUGUUUGAAGAAGCUAGCGCUAGUGACAAUGAACAGUGCAGCUCAGACGACGAGGGUGAAAUCGACCAUCUUUCAGAACGAAGUCAAGGCAGUGAUACGGAACAAGAAUGCAGUGAUGAUGAGCAAGAAGCAAUUGUUUCAACAAGUAAUCAGCAGUUUUAUAUUGGUAAAGACAAUUGCACCAAAUGGUCUUCGCAACCACCUCGGACCAACGUUCGCACAAGGUCAGAAAACAUAAUAUUACAAAAACCUGAGGUAAAGCUUAUUGCGCAAAAUGAUAAGACUGAAAUAGAGUGUUGGAGACGCUUUAUAACUAAUAAUAUGCUGGAACAAAUACUUUGUCAUACUAAUGCUAAGAUAAAACAGAGACAAUUGUCUAACAAUAAACAAUCGCUUCAGUAUUUAUUGAAAGAGACAACUAUAGACGAACUAUUAGCUUUGUUUGGCUUGUUAUACUUAGCCGGACUAAAUCGUUUUAAUCGCCAAAACUUGAGUGACUUGUGGAGAACCGAUGGUACUGGUGUGGAAAUUUUUAGUACUACUAUGUCUUUGCAGCGUUUUUACUUUUUACAAAGCUGUUUGCGUUUUGAUGAUGCAACAACACGCCAAGAGCGGAAGCGACUGGACAAUCUGGCUCCAAUUAGAUCUAUUUUUGACGAGUUUGUCUCAAACUGUAAAAAUACUUAUACUCCCAAUGAGUAUCUUACAAUCGACGAAAAGCUGGAAGCAUUUCGCGGCAGGUGUUCAUUUCGUCAAUAUAUCCCGAAUAAACCUGCGAAAUAUGGCAUUAAAAUUUAUGCUUUGGUUGAUGCAAAAAACUUUUAUACUGUCAACCUUGAAAUUUAUCCCGGUAAGCAGCCUGAUGGGCCAUUUUUGCAAAGCAAUAAAGCUUUCGAUGUUGUAGACAGAUUAGUGCAGCCUAUCUCUAAAAGUAAUAGAAAUAUUACAUUUGACAACUGGUUCACGAACGUUCCACUGAUAACACAUUUGCAACAAAAUCAUAAACUAACAUCUACAGGUACAUUACGUAAAAACAAAAAAGAAAUCCCACCAAACUUUAUAACCACGCAAAGAAAAGAAGUAUACAGCACUCAGUUUGCAUUCCAAAAAGAUAUGACGCUUAUUUCCUACGUGCCUAAACGGUCUAAAGUGGUGCUGGUAUUGUCUUCCCUUCAUCAUGACCAAAACAUUGAUCCUGCUAGUGGUGAAAAAAGGAAACCAGAGAUAAUCACAUUCUAUAAUUCUACGAAAGCUGGCGUCGAUGUAGUUGAUGAGCUCUGUGCUACCUAUGAUGUAUCUCGAAACUCAAAACGCUGGCCAAUGACAGUAUUUUAUGCGGUCAUGAAUGUAGCUGCAAUAAAUAGUGUGAUUAUUUUUCGUGAAAAUAAUAACUCGAAAACAAACCGACGUGAUUUCCUUAGAAAACUCGGUCUAUCAAUGCUUGAAGGUCAUCUUCGCGUGAGAAAAAAUAUGGAGAACUUACCGAGAGGCUUACAUAAACGUAUUCACGAACAAGUUGGUGAAGUUAUGACCUACCCUCCGAAUAAAAGUUCAAAAACAUACACGAGAUGCAAAGACUGUCCUUCUGCCAAAGACAAAAAAACUAGGCAUAACUGCAAUAAGUGUAACAAGCCUAUUUGUAUGCAACACAUUAUUCCAUUAUGCCAAAGUUGCGUUGAUCUCGAUAUCGAAUAAGUCGGUAUGUUAGUAAUAAAUAAGCUUUGUUAUAUAUAGUUCCUGAUUUCAUGUUUAUGUACUAAAGAAAAUUUUAUGUACUGCUUCUAAAUGUUAAUUAUUUUUUGUUUUUGAAUAUAUUUUUAAGUUACGUUCUAAAAAAAUGAUCUCAGAAUAAGAAGAUCUAAUUUGAUGAUAAUUUGUUCAUUUUAUGAUAAAUAAAUGUUUAAUUUUUAUAAAUAAUGUUUAUAAUUACCUAUUUCCCUAAUAUAGAAAACUGAUAUUGUCAUAAGCUUGAUUCAGUGUACAAUAAUGCACAUGGGUACAACUUACCCGGCCACAACGGCUAAGUUCUGUUUAGUAGCCACAAUGACGCCG